AUGGCCUCUACCCACAGCAUCCGCCGUACUCGUGCUACCGCCGAACCAGAAGCAACAAACACCAGUGAAGAAAACUGCGAAACGCGCACCUCUGCUACUGAAAGUGUGCAACAAGAAUCAACCUCUUCUAUGGAAUCAGACUCUGAGCACAGUUCGGAAGGGGAUACCUCCUCUGAAGAUCUGAGUGCAAUUGAGGCUGAGAAGAUAGCUGUGACUAGGAGAAUUAAGAAGUUACAGGCUGAGAAGGAAUUAGACGCAACUAGCAUGAAUUGUAACCGCGAAAACGCCACAAGCAUCUUCGGACCACCGGAACCUACGCUACAAGCGCCCAACAACCUUAGUGGAAAGCGCCGUGACUACUCUGCUAUCGCUUUCCAUGCCAGUGAUCUUGAUUAUUACAAUGAACACAACCAUUGGAAGAUCAUCGAAGCCGUCACUCAUUUCAAUGUCGGGAUGCAACAACCACCCGCGGAAGCCUUAAUGGGAUAUCGACCUGAUUUGAAAAUUAACGUCAGCAAACCACCACAACCGGUUGCCAUACAUGCUGCUAGCCGCGCGAAACAUAUUGAGGAAACACGCCACAAGCUCAUCGAGAACCUACAAAAAGCGCGACAAGCGCAGAAAACCUAUUACGAUGCAAAACAUAAGCCUCAACAAUUUAAAAUAGGUGACUACGUCAUGGUCAAUGCAAAAAACCUCCGAUUACUACGCCCGAGCCAUACAACCGCAGGAAUGGAGCUUUACCGGAACCGGGACCGGAACUUGUCGACGGCGAAGAAGAAUAUAUAUCAAGUUGAGGAAAUUCUUGAAAAACGACAACGAAAAAACAAACCUCCGGAAUAUCUUGUGAGAUGGACAGGUUGGGGACCUAGUGGUGAUACAUGGGAACCGGAAGAAAACAUAUUAAACACUCAGGCAUUCGAUAUCUUCCUCGAACAAGAAAAUGAACGACAAAUACAAAACCAACAUACUCCCAAACGCCAGAAGCGCAAAUCUCAAGUCGAAAAACGCUAG